CAUUGGCAAGUUAUUAGGCUGCGCUCCUGUUUGCAGACGUAAUGCGGAUUAUGGGUGUUAAAUCUAGCAUUCAACGCUACAGGUUUAGCACAACAAUCACCAAGGUGCAGUUAUAAUUUGAUCGUAGUCUAAAUAAGUUCAAUGCAUUUUUAUUGCCACAAUGAUUCCCAGCGUCUGUUUGGCUAGUCUUUGUUUAACUCCAGAGCAGAAUAGCCAGGACAGUGACACCACCACUGGAGAAAUUAUACGAGUUCGUCUCCUGGUCCAGAAGCUAAAAUGUGAAGCGUUUAUGUUAACGUUUCAUUCUGAGUGAACUGAAGUGAAGUGACGCAAGAGCAAAUUUGACGAAUAAUUUGGUUGCUAAAAUUGUUGAAACUUUGCAGUUACAAAAAUGCGCAUGUAAUCGGAAGCCCAUCUAACUCUGCUCAUUUCUCUUUCGACAGUAUUCCUGGAAUAUGCAUAUAAGUGCUGGACUGGGGAAAUUCGUAUAGAAUUUGUUAUUCUUGAACGUGGUUGCAGUGCAAAAAAGUGACCCCAAUUAUUGUUUCCCUAAUUGAAGAUAUUAAAGACGCCCCGAUGUGAUGUAUGGUGAAGAAGACGAAUGAGGGGUUGAUUGAAUGAGGUUGAAUUUCUCACGGUGUAAUAAUAAUAAGCACCUUUGUGUGCUAACCACAACUGGGCUACAUACUUGCAAAAACCUCCUCGUUUCAUAUGCGAAUACCUCUAAAAUUACGACCACUUUUAACAAGAAAUUAUAAAACUAAACUAAUCAUGUAAUCAAAAAUAUUAGUUUGUUCAAGGUGUCCUUUUUUUAUGGCUACGCAAAUGUGACUUUUUUCUUUGAAACAUCGUAUACACCGUUUUGACCGUAGUCAUGCUUCUACGAAUCAUACUGUUUAAUUCGAGUGUUUAAUAAGUAAUAAUCUUUAAUUGUGGUGAUGUGGAAGUUUUGUGACGAAUCGGUCAGUUUUAUCAAUAACUUGUAAUUACAAUGGCCAAUGAUUACCACCGGAGGCCCGAGCGGACAAAGAAUUCUGGAGGGUCCAUGCUUUUCUGCAUCAACUUGAUAUUUGCAGCAUGUGGCAUAGGAGUGUUCAUUCUGGGCGUGUACGUCGUUGAGGACACGGGACGCUACCUCCUCUUUCGACUGAUCUCUCCUGGGUCCGCUAUUUUGACUCAGAUUGCAAGUUCCAUGCUCGGGAUCGGAGUUUCUGUCAUUGGCAGCUCGAUCAUCGGAUGUUCUGUGGCAGCCAGAAGGUGUUCCAUUGGAUGGUACAUCGCCUGCAUAUGUUUAGUCCUUCUGGCAGAACUCGGGCUGGGGGUUUUAUUUCUCAUGUACCACAACAACUUUGGGAGUGAAAUUGAAAACACGAAAUUGACAGCAACACUUCAAACGCAGUACGGGCUUGAGCAAUCCUUCACCAAAUCCUUUGACUUUGCACAAUCUCGGUUCAAUUGCUGCGGUGUUGAGUCCGAUGUCGAUUACGACAGAUCCGAGUGGAGAACAAAGCGGUUGGGCAAGGAUCUCUUGUACCCGUUGACAUGUUGUCCCUUAGACGACAAGCUGAGCGACCCGCCCACCUUCCUCAAUCCUGUUCCCCUCAACCUGUCCAGUUGCCAAUCCCCGUCAAGUAUUCCUCUCCGACACAGAUACAGAGAGGGCUGCCUUUCUCCAAUUGACCAGUGGUUCAGGAAGCAAACGUUGACCUUGGUGGGGAUGGGACUGACGCUUCUUCUCCUACAAAUGGCCACGCUAGCGACGGCUAUUUGUCUGUGUAGAAAAUUAUUUUGAGCCGUCUUUCUUUGUCUUUUUUAUAUCUGCUCCUCGAGUAUUUUAUUGAAUGAAUGAAUGCAACUAACUAUGUAUUACUAGGAUUAGUUAAUUAAUUUGUCCUGAGAUACUCAAAAAUGACAAUAAAUCAACAGAUAUCCAACGUCAA